CUUUAGGGAAAUUCGACUUUCGAAUAGGGUUCGUCUCUUCUCUCUCUCUCUCUCUCUCUCUCUCUCUCUCUUCGAUAGAUUGAGGCGGCGCUAGGGUUUCCUCUCUUGGAUCCGGGAUCUAUGGCGCGGAAUCCAUUGUGCACGGUUUAUAUAGGUAAUUUGGAUGAAAAGGUUUCUGAGAGAGUCUUGUAUGAGAUUCUUAUUCAGGUAGGUCGUGUAGUUGACCUACAUAUACCUCGUGAUAAGGAAACUAAUCGCCACAAAGGUUAUGCUUUUGCUGAGUAUGAAACAGAGGAGAUUGCAGACUAUGCUGUUAGGCUUUUUUCGGGCCUUGUUCGUCUUCGUAAUAGAACUCUUAAAUUUGCGAUCUCUGGGAAAGAUAAGCCCACCCAAAAUAGCAAUACUCCUGUAACACCUAGACCGACUGCUCUUUUACCAAAUCCGCAUUUUGUUCAUUCUCGUGACACUGAUGUGUCCCAAGAAACUGCGCAAUCAAUAAUUAAUUUCAGGGCUUCCAAUCACAGUGUUAAUCCUCUUUAUUCUCCAAGUGUUCAGUCUCAAGCUUCGACUGAUGGGUUAUUGGGUAGAGGGUUCAGCAAUGGCAGUUAUGAGUAUACUAGGCGUGUCUUUGGUUCUAUGUUGAAUGAUGUUAGCCGACAAGAUGCAAGGCAAUCAAUUGCAUAUCCUUCAUAUUAACAUAUAUAACUCGACUCCCUGAACAAGGGUAUGUACUGUACAUUUAAUGGUAGUUGGGGGCCUACAGGUUCUUCUUCCUGAUCAUUUAGUAGAUGAUGCUUAUAGGGGUAGAAUCUAUGUUAUGCAGUCCUUUAUCUUGCUUGCUGCACCUUGAUGUUCACCAACAAGGCUUUGUAAAAUAUUUCCAAUAUGUGCAAAAUAUUUCCAAUAUGUGCUUAAGUAGUAUGUUGUUGGAUAACUAGCGUGCAAUUGUUUCUUCCAUUACUGUUUUAUUGACCUGUUGUGCUUGUGCUGCUGGUGGCUUUUCAUAGUUCUUUUGUUCAUUUAUAUUUCGAUUUUAUCUCGUAGCUGUUUACUAUAUGUUCUUGCUGCUUUCUUAUCUUUUGUAAUGAAGGGCUAACUUCCAAAAAUUCAGUCAGGCUAAAUUUACACUUUUGGUCCUCAAACUAUGAGGUGUAUAGUUUGAGGUGCAUGACACUUUGGUCCUCUAGCUCUACUUUGUCACAAUUUCUGGCUCGAACUUUUUAAAUUAUUACAAUUCAGCCCAAUUAGCUCUACUUUGUCGCAAGUUCUGGCUCGAACUUUUUUAAUUACUACAAUACAAUCUAAUUUAGUUGACCAACUGUUGAUGUGUUGUUAAUAUGAAAGUGACGUGAUAGUGUUGUGAUUGAUAACGCACCAAUGAUUACUUUCACAUCAGUGAACUAAAUUAGGCUGUGAACUUAUUGCAAAAAUUUACAAAUUUUGAGUCAAAAAUUACAAUAGAAUAAAGUUUGUGAAUCAAAGUGUCACGCGCCUCAAUAGUUUGAGGACCAAAAGUGUAAUUAGCCUUAAGUUGCAAAAACAAUUAGACCCUGUGAUUGGAUGCUUGAUUUUUUUUUGUGUGUGUGUGUGUGUGUGUGUGUGUGUGUGUGUGUUUUCUAUCUUGCAAUAACCGCUACUAUCUAUGAAUCUGAAACAAGCUAAGCUGAUGUCUCAGCAUACCAGGCUAAUUGAGAAAUAAGCAACUAUAUCAACUGCUUAUGAUUUUCUUUCUCUUAGUAAGAGAUGCUGUGACUUUAGAAAUUGAAGAGUAGUGCAACAAACAUUGAAAUUUUAGUAGCAAUCUGCUUGCGUCAUGACUAUCUUAGCUGGAUUUGUAUAUUAUACACUCCACUCAUUCUAGGGUGAUGGUGUCCCUACUAGUCACAUUGAUGUGAUUUGUAAAAACAUUCUCACCGUAAGAUGGGUGAGGUGUAUGAUGUACACUCAUUUUUGGGUGUAUAAGUAAGCAUAUUUCUCCCAUGAAAGCAAAGAAUUUCACUAGUUUGAGCCUUCAUUAGUAACAAUACUGAGUAUCAUUCUUAAGCACAGACGCUAUUAUAUUACGUAUAACAUGAUAUCUAAUAGAGAAUUUUGUAUCUAUGGAUGGAUGGGCUGAUUUUCACUAGGUAAUGCUGUAAUUUAAUUUUGUGAAAUGUAUAGUAUGAUCAGUAUUACUGAGUUGUAUAAGUGAUUUGAUGUGUUGCGGAUGGGGUUGGUAGCCAAGAGUCAGUUCAUUGAUAGGAUGCUUUAAGGAUCUUUUUGUGGCUAGAAUUACCAUAAAUUGCCACCUAUUUUAUAUGUACCAGACAUGCUUAUUUGGGCUUUCACUGGUUUUUCACAUGAACUGAGGCUGAAAUCUGCUCGUGUGGGCUUCAUUUGUUUUUGAGGACAUCUAGCUGCAUAACUGGUAUUGUUCUGGUAUUUACAUUUUGAUCAUCUCGAGUGUAAGCUCACUUUCAAUUCUGGGUUGGGACCAAGUGAGGAUCGUCUUGUAGGGCUUCUAUACUUUUUUUCCCCCCUGAUGAAAUUGUUUCUUUAAGUAUUAGAAAGCAAGUUUUCCUACAGAUUAGGGGUUAUUUGUUGUAUAGAAGUUCUAAGAUUUUCAAAUAUCUGGUGGUGAUUAAAGAAUAUUGGUGUGUUUCAUUAUAGAUGCUGGUGAUUUAGGCAUAUAUGUUAGUAAGGUAUUUAUAUGGGCUGUGAGAAUCGUUGCCUUGGUGAUCGGUCGACUUAUUCCAAGGCUUUGGCUAGUAUGGCACGUUUGUCUAACCAGGAAAACUUUGUGGGCCAUCUAGGCACUACUUCCUAGACACUUUCAACAUGAAAUUUAGAUAUUCAAUAUAUUAAGACUAGUAUUUUUUAGAAGAGUGGUGUUCUUGGGGAUCCUUUUCGAAGUCAAUACCUUUGGGAUUGGGGGAUCUAUCCUACAUGUGGAGCAAAUCAUAUAAUCUUGAUGCAAUGAUGGAAUCUUUGUGUAUCGAGAUGAGGAGAUUUGUAUCACAUGUAGUAUAGAUGAGGAGAUUUGCAUCACAUGUAGUAUGGAUCCGUCAGUCAGAAGGAAAGUGUCUUGAGACAGUUCCGUAAGAAAUUUUUAUCCCAAGAUGGGUACAAGGAAUAAAGAGUGAAAGAGAAAACAGAUGCAGACAAGAUUCCUCUUUGGACUAAUGUGUAGCGAAAUAUUAGUUAUACCUUUUUUUUUAAUUUUCUGAAAUAGUUUUUGAUAAUUCUGUGAUGGAGUACUACAUAGUACAUAGCGGAGGAGCGGUUAAUAGAGGUAAUGAUCGAUUACCUCUAUUACCGCCUAAAAUGGUUCAUAGAUUAGAUAAGUUUUGAACGAUUUUACCUCUUUUUUUCAUGGCCUUGGAGAUUAGUGGUUGUUGUAAUACGUGUUUCUUUGAUUGUGAAUUUGUGAUGCUUAGCUGAUGUGGGCUUUCGCCGUGACUCUUGGUUGGGUAGUGACUCUUGGUUGGGUGAGAGCGAGAAAUAGUAGUGGAUUGGUACUGAUGACCUGUUGCAUUGCUUUUGGUAGUGAUGAUGGUGAACAUUAAGGUCGGUGAUUUGGAUUUGAAAGUGUGGUUGUGGUCUAAAAUAAUGUUGCCAGGUUGACAAAAAUUUGGUGGGGAACCACUUCCCCAUCAGCUAGUUUGGAUGGGCACUGCAUGGCAACGUUAUCUAUUUUAAAGGAUCCCAGUAUUGGAAAAGAUAAAUGUUCUUUCAUAAUUCAAAAGGGGUUGUAAUCUUACAACUCUCUAUCCGAGGGCAUAGGUGAUUUUUUAUUACUUAUACUAUCCAAUGAAAUGAAACUUGUGUGAAAAUAUAGGUUCUUAGAUGGUGAAAUUGUAAGAUUAUGAUUCUUUUUGAGUUGUGGAUUUGACAUCUCUUUGUGAAAAAAGAAAACCAGCGCUUGGUGCAUCAUGACAAUAUGUUGUGCGUAACACUUUGUUUUUGACGCUGGUUAUGAUCGAUCUAUAAGGAUUGUAUGUUUAAAAUUUGAGCCCUAAUACCUAUUCCUUGCGUGGUACAAAAAUUCAAAUCAAUUAAAUCGGUAGUCAAUUUUUUUGCUCUUUGGAAAAAAAAAAAAAAA